AUGUCGUCGUCGUCGCCGCCGCCGGCGGGGGCUGCCAGCGCCGCCAUCUCGGCCUCGGAGAAAGUGGACGGCUUCACCCGGAAAUCGGUGCGCAAGGCGCAGAGGCAGAAGCGCUCGCAGGGCUCGUCGCAGUUCCGCAGCCAGGGCAGCCAGCCGGAGCUGCACCCCUUGCCCCAGCUCAAAGAUGCCACUUCAAACGAACAACAAGAGCUUUUCUGUCAGAAGCUGCAGCAGUGUUGCAUACUGUUUGAUUUCAUGGACUCUGUUUCAGACUUGAAGAGCAAAGAAGUUAAAAGAGCAACAUUGAAUGAACUGGUUGAGUAUGUUUCAACUAAUCGUGGUGUAAUUGUUGAAUCAGCGUAUUCUGAUAUAGUAAAAAUGAUCAGUGCUAACAUCUUCCGAACUCUUCCUCCAAGUGAUAAUCCAGAUUUUGAUCCAGAAGAGGAUGAGCCCACACUUGAGGCCUCUUGGCCUCACAUACAAUUGGUGUAUGAAUUCUUCUUAAGGUUUUUGGAGAGCCCUGAUUUCCAGCCUAGCAUUGCAAAGCGAUACAUUGAUCAGAAGUUUGUACAACAGCUCCUGGAGCUUUUUGAUAGUGAAGAUCCCAGAGAACGCGACUUCCUGAAGACCGUUCUGCAUCGAAUUUAUGGGAAGUUUCUUGGAUUAAGAGCAUUCAUCAGAAAACAAAUUAACAACAUUUUCCUCAGGUUUAUAUAUGAAACAGAGCAUUUCAAUGGUGUUGCUGAACUCCUUGAAAUAUUAGGAAGUAUUAUCAAUGGCUUUGCAUUGCCACUGAAAGCAGAACAUAAACAAUUUCUAAUGAAGGUUCUUAUUCCUAUGCAUACUGCAAAAGGAUUAGCUUUGUUUCAUGCUCAGGUGAUCAGAGGAUUGCUGAAAUUUUGGCCAAAAACAUGCAGUCAGAAAGAGGUGAUGUUUUUAGGAGAAAUUGAAGAAAUCUUAGAUGUCAUUGAACCAACACAAUUCAAAAAAAUUGAAGAGCCCCUUUUUAAGCAGAUAUCCAAGUGUGUAUCCAGUUCUCAUUUUCAGGUUGCAGAAAGGGCGCUGUACUUCUGGAACAAUGAAUAUAUUCUUAGUUUGAUUGAGGAGAAUAUUGAUAAAAUUCUGCCAAUUAUGUUUGGCAGUUUGUACAAAAUCUCCAAAGAACACUGGAAUCCGACCAUUGUAGCACUGGUGUACAAUGUGCUGAAAACCCUCAUGGAGAUGAACGGCAAGCUUUUCGAUGAUCUUACUAGUUCAUACAAAGCUGAAAGACAAAGGGAGAAAAAGAAGGAAUUGGAACGUGAAGAAUUAUGGAAAAAAUUGGAGGAGCUAAAGCUAAAGAAAGCUCUAGAAAAGCAGAACAGUGCUUACAACAUGCACAGUAUUCUCAGCAAUACAACUGAUGAAUAA